CGUUGCAUGUCUCGUACACCGCGCCCCUUCUUAGUCCUCUUUCUUGUAGCUCACGGAAGAGAAGUAAUUUGAAUCUCUGUGGAUUUUUCUCGGCUUUUUACUCCCAAUUCCAGAAUACAUCUGUCAUAAUGAGCUGGGACUCGUACAUUGAUAAUUUAAUUGCUCAAACUAAAGAUGCUAGUGGAACUGCUCACUGUGACAAAGCCUGUAUCAUUGGUUUAGACGGUGGGGCACCCUGGACUUCAGCUGGUCAUGCGAAUGCAUUUAAGUUGCAAGCAGCAGAAGGAGCAAAUAUUGCUAGAUGUUUCAAGAGCAAGGAUUUCUCUGUAUUCAUGGCUAGUGGAAUACACUGUGAAGGUGUGAAGUUCAACUUUUUAAGAGAAGAAGAUGGAAAACUUGUUUUUGGAAAGAAGAAAGAGCAUGGAGCCGUUACUUUGCAAGCCAGUAAAACCGCUAUAGUUGUUGGGCACUGUCCUGAAGGGUCUCAACAGGGCAACCUCAAUAAAGGCGUAGGAGUAAUAGCCGAAUAUCUUGAAUCAUUGGGCAUGUGAUAUGUAGAGAAAAAUGUUUUUCCUAUUGUAUUGUUUUGUACUGUCUUGUUUAAAUCUCUGUUGUCCUUUGAGACUUGCAAUAAAAGCUAARUAAUUGUCUUGAUCGACUAGAAAAUACUAGCUAUCUAAUCCUUUUUUUGCAAGCCCACUCUUAGGAACUUCUUGUAGAACCAAAUCUAUUAGACAUUAUUAGGAAGCAAUACAUUGAAAAAAUAACUCUUAUUUUCAUAAACCUUUUUUGGGAUAAUUGUAAAUUAGACUUUAUGAAUUUAACUUUUUUUAAUGUCAGGAACCCAUCCCUGACUUGAAUAAAACAGCUUUUUGGACCUCACCAUAUAUCAAUAAUUAUUAUCCUUGCCUUUUGUGUUAAGUUUAUUGAUCAAGUUUGAAUAGUAAAAACCUAGAAUAAAAUGCACAUAAAAUGCACAUAAACUGCUGAGGUACGAUCAGGUACUGAUUUGUUUGAGUUUCUCAGCUGAGCCAGCAUCCUAUUUUAAUUGUUUUUGUUGUCGUAGAUUUAUAUGAUAGAUAUUAAAAAAUUGAAUGAGAUU